AUGCCAGCCUCAUUUCAAGAUAUCCUCAAUUCUCGACUCUUCAAAUUCAUCGUGGGCGAAAAAGUCGAUGGCCAUGCAACGGAAUUCUUCGUGCAUGAAGAGGCUAUUGUUCAACUUUCAAGACCGUUGGAGGCGCUGAUGAGAGGAGGGAUGUCUGAAUCUCAAGCUGAAUGUACGGUAUGGGAUGAUGUGAGUAAGGAGACGUUUGAGCGGUUCGUGCAGUUUGCGUAUACGGGCGAUUACACAGUGCCUAUCCCUGAGUACAAGGUGAUGAGAAAAGACAGAUCUGAUAGUUCAGAAGAGCUUUACCUGCGACUUUCUAUAGAAAAUAUGAAGGAGAAACUGAAGGAGGAGAAUUUGGGUGGGCAGAGAGGGAUAGAACCCCUUUGCGAAACACCAUUACCAAAAGCACCACCGGAGCCAGCAGAACGGCCACUGGCACAUGUAUUCUCAAGUACAACAUCAGAGGUGGGACUAAAUUGGCUUUUUCGACGAAUUACAAAUCCAGAACGUUACCCGGUCAAAUGCGCAGCCGACUUCAAGCAGCUUACUUUGCCACUACUCGCCUUGCGCAAUACUUACGACUACACCUGUGAGCCUAGGGAAUGGUUUUACCCGUACCAAAGCUAUUCCAAUGUAUUCAUCAGCCAUGCCGCACUAUAUAUUCUGGGAGAUUUCCGACUCGUAAAUUCGCUAAAAGCGCUAGCUCUACACAAACUCCACAAAACACUGUGCAUUUUCCAGCUCAAAAACGAAAAUAUCGGGGAUGUGAUCGAUCUUGCAAGAUAUGUAUACGCAGAAGAAGGCGGAGAAGAGGGGUCGGGUGGUGAAAUUGGAGCAUUGAGAGGGUUGGUGUGUCUCUAUAUGGCUGUGAAUGCGUUGGCACUGUCACUUGAUGAUGGGUUUAUGGAGCUUUUGGGGGAGGGCGGACAGUUUGUGAAGGAUUUCUUUAGGUUUCAGGUGCAGAGAUAA